AUGGGACCUCGUCUUACACCUAUAAACAUCAUUGUUGCGAUGGAUAGCCGAGGAGGGAUAGGUAAAAACGGGAAAUUACCUUGGAAACUACCAAAAGAUAUGGCAUAUUUCCACAAACUUACCACAACGACAGUGGAUCCUAAAAAAAUCAAUGCUGUUUUGAUGGGACGAAAGAAUUGGGAAAGUAUUCCAUCAAAGUUUCGUCCGUUAAAAGGCCGUAUCAACGUUGUGCUUAGUCGAAAGUUGCAAGAUGUAGCUGAGGAAAAUGUUAUUGUUGCAAGAAGCUAUGAAGAUGCACUGGAAAAACUGGAUAAAAUGGGAGAUAAAUUGGAAAUAAUUUGGAAUAUAGGCGGUCAUGACGUGUAUAAGUUGGGUCUAGAAUCACCUCGCCUGGAAAAGCUUUUCAUCACCUUUGUUGAGGGAGAUUUUGGAGCGGAUGUUUUCUUUCCCUCGCUUGACUUCGCAAAGUUCCGUAAAGAAGAGGAAAAUCCACCACUGGAAGUUGAAAACGGCAUUAGUUAUCGUUUCGAGAGGUUCAUCCGGGUGAAAUCGUAG